AUGAUCUCUCUGGACUGGUUCCUCAAGUACGCCAUGGGCCGCUUCUGGAACCCGUCAACGGGCUACCUCAUCAUCGUAAUCGCAGUCUUCAUCUCGAGCACCGUAGCGGUCACUUAUAGGCAGGGAUAUCAGUGGGUUACGAUGGUGGGCUUCUCCGGCGCUUUCGCCCACGUGCCGGUGGGUGUGUGGUUCGAUGGCUGGGAGGAGACGCUCCUGCGGGACUUGCCGAUAAGGUUGAUGAUUGCACCCUUUUUUCUGCAGCUCAUCAUCCCAGUUGAGGCUUGGACUGGGUGGGACAUCACCAGGGAACGGCGGAUGCGUGAGCAUUACGGGGCUGUGGAGCGGAAGAGGAGAGAGGCGAGGGCGGAAGAUGACUGCGAGGCGCAGGAGAUGGAGGAGAGGGGUGGUGGUGAUGGUGAGCGGCUGAUGAACGAAGGUGAACGCCAGGAAGGGUACGGUGCGUGCUAG